AUGGAACUUGAAGCUGAAAUUUGAGGUUAUAGCAUCUGAACCACUAUAUAUAAAUCUGCAUUGUUUAGGAUAUGGGAAUGAAUAUGCAUCUAUUGAGAAACAGAAAUUAAGGCUGCAUCAAGUGGCGUUGACUAUGGAACGAAAUUAGAAACUCAAAUAGGCAUCACUAAUCUAAUAGCUAUUUCCCAAAAUUAUAAUAAUUCAAAGAAGAUUAUCUAUUUGCUAUUUAUAUAUUUAUCAAUUGCGAUUUCUCUAUGAUUUAACUAUCAAGGGUGAUGCAAAUUUUCGUUAGAAAAUUAUUUGAAAGCAAUAUUAAUCGAAUUCUUAUAUCACUAA